CCUGUCUUUUCCCUGCUGCCGUCCCCCUCCCUCCUUGGCACACGUGCCUUGGCCCAUUCCCACCUUUCCCAGGGCAGGGCUGCAGCCUGGUAGCAGUGAGUGCUUGGGAAAGUGGUUAGACCAGAAGGCCUGGCCUAAAGCAAGGCCGUGCUGGGGCCUCGGUGGGGUAGGGCUGCGGCCCUCAAGCCCGGGAACCCCGGCAGGUGUGGAGCAGAGCCCUGACAGGGCUGUCUCCUCCAGAUCUCGAAAACCAUCAACAUGCUUGCGUGCUGGCACAGAGAAGGGCCGGCCUCCUCUGCCUUCCAGGAGCACUUGUCCAGGAUUCCUGAUUACCUCUGGCUGGGCCUCGACGGCAUGAAAGUGCAGGGUACCAAUGGCUCGCAGAUCUGGGACACCGCGUUUGCCAUCCAGGCUCUGCUGGAGGCGGGUGCACAACACAGGCCAGAGUUUUCGUCCUGCCUGCAGAAGGCUCAUGAGUAUCUCCGGGUCUCGCAGGUCCCAGACAACUUCCCCGACUACCAGAAGUACUACCGCCAGAUGAGCAAGGGCGGCUUCUCCUUCAGCACACUGGACUGUGGCUGGAUUGUUGCCGACUGCACAGCUGAGGCCUUGAAGUCCCUCCUUCUCCUGCAGGAAAAGUGUCCCUUUGUCACCAAGCACGUCCCACAAGAGCGGCUCUUCGAUGCUGUCGCUGUGUUGCUGAGCAUGAGAAACCCCGAUGGAGGGUUUGCCACCUACGAGACCAAGCGUGGGGGACACCUUCUGGAGCUGCUGAACCCCUCGGAGAUCUUCGGGGACAUCAUGAUUGACUACACAUAUGUGGAGUGCACCUCGGCUGUGAUGCAGGCGCUGAAGCGUUUCCACAAGCAGUUCCCAGACCACAGGGCCGGAGAGAUCAGGGAGACCCUCGAGCGGGGCCUGCAGUUCUGUCGGCAGAAGCAGAGGCCUGACGGCUCCUGGGAAGGCUCCUGGGGGGUGUGCUUCACCUACGGCACCUGCUUUGGGCUGGAAGCCUUCGCCUGCAUGGGGCACACUUACCGCGAUGGGGCUGCCUGUGCAGAGGUCUCCCGGGCCUGCGACUUCCUGCUGUCCCGACAGAUGGCAGAUGGAGGCUGGGGGGAGGACUUCGAGUCCUGUGAGCAGCGGCGCUACGUGCAGAGCGCCCGGCCCCAGAUCCACAACACAUGCUGGGCCCUGAUGGGGCUGAUGGCCGUCAGGCACCCUGACGUAGCGGCCCUGGAGAGAGGAGUCAGCUACCUGCUUGGAAAACAGCUGCCCAAUGGCGACUGGCCCCAGGACAACGUCGCUGGGGUCUUCAACAAGUCCUGUGCCAUCAGCUACACGAGCUACAGAAACAUCUUCCCCAUCUGGGCCCUUGGGCGCUUCUCCCGCCUGUACCCCGAGAGCGCCCUCGCCGGCCACCCUUGAGAGCACGUCUGUGGGCACCUGGGGGGGGCUGGUCACGCGAGUUCCAGGCGAGGUUGGGGCAUCUCAGAGGGGCCGAGGCAGCCCCCUCCCUGCCCACUUCAACAGAAGCGCUGAGCCUGGGCCUGUGGCACGGGCGGGGCUGGUGCCUUCAGACCCGAUUUUCAGCGUAGGGUUAGUUCUGAGAAUAGUUGGUCGAGCUCGGGUGAGGGAAGGAACAGGAUGAGCCCUGAGGGUGGGUAAAGCACAGUGCGCUCCGUGGCACCACCUGGCGUGGUAUGUGUCCUCUCUGUGGGCGUGGGGCUGGGGGAGCUUUCCUGACCAGUGACUGAGUUCUCAGGAGCGGAGCAGCUGUGCCUCAUCCGCGUCCUGCCUGGGGCCCUCGAGGACCGGCUCUUCCUGUCUCAGUCUCUGGCUGAGGGAUGGGACAGCCGCCCUGAACGGCCUGGCAGGAGAGGCUGGGCCUCCCUGUUCACUGUGGCGGCUCAGGCUCAGCGAGGAUCGGGGACCAGACGCUGCACGCCAGCCUGCCCCGGGUCUCGAGCUCGCCAGCGCCGCGUCACGGUUCAGCCAGCCUGGGGGCGCCAGCAUCGCUACCUCCAGAGGUUGUAGUUGUCUUGUAGUGACACAGGGGAGGCCGAGCGUAAGGAAGGGUGAGGGGUUGUUAAUGGCCACACAACAGUGCGGCCCUGAUGUGUGCUGGGGACACCCCUCACCCCGCUUUGUGCUCUAAGCUGAAGGGAGGGUCAGAUUUCCAGGGUGCUGCCUCUCAGGUGGUGAGCCUCUGAAUCCCCCUCUGGCUUCUAAACCCGUCUGGCUUAGCGUGCAUGGACUUGGGGCUCAGGAUGGAAAAUGCAAAUCCUGGAAUUGCCUCUGACCUACGAGGAAGAUCAGGAGUGUGGCUGUGAGGGUCACUGAGAGCGUUGAUGAGGGUCAAACCCAGGCCUGGUGGCGCCCCAGGGCCUUCUCCGUCUGCUGUCCCUCUGUGCCUCUCCCUGUGUGACGGCAGCCCUGGCUGCGCGGCCCCUGCGGCCCGCCCUCCCUCUGACAGCCAGAGAGACGCCUGGGUACCCCCGCUCCCGCCAUCCCUGCCCAGACCCUUAGGGCGCUCUCCGAGGUUUGCACCGCGUGGCCUUGCUUCCGCAGCUCUCGUGGCCCCCCAGCGCUCUCCCUGACCGCCCGCGGCUCGCCUGCGUCCGGCCUUUGCCUGGGCUGCCCCCCACUGCCCUCCUGCCCCAGGUGGUGCUCUACCUGCUCGGAGCCCCGCAGGGCCUGGGCGCGUGUACGCGCUGGCAGGUCCCGCUGGCUCCACCGGCUGCCACACUGUGGAACGUAGCGGGUGUUCAGCUGGUGCUAGUUGGAUGUCAGCACUUGCCCCAGACGUUUUUAAACUAGGGUUUAUUUUGCUGAGGAAGCUGUGCUGGCCCCCUCUGAGAUCUGUCAGGGUUGCUCUUGCACCAGCAGCGCAGACGGUGAUUCCCAACAGUCUGCUUCCUGCAGCGGUCACUGCCCAGGCAUGAUCAGAUCACUGGAUGAAACAUAAAGCUUCCAGGAAAGAAAUGAAAAUCAACCGUUUACUGAAACAUUAUUGAACGUCACCUGUCUUAGCAGCUACCUUAAUACACAGACAUUUGAGUCCCUUAGGCAGAGGCUUGUCGUGCAUGUGUUUUGUUUCAUCCUGGAAACAGUCAUAGAUUGGGGUCCCUCGUGCCCCACGUCGGACACUGGACCACUACCCCUCAGUCUCAGGGAACAGGAGAAAUUGUUCCAAGAUAAGCAGGAUGCACCUCUAGUUAUUUGAGGGGAAACUAUUUGCCUCAACCUGAUUAAAAGUCAAGUUCUCUGUCCUGGGUGAAUGAUUAACGUAUCUUGAAUUCAAAUUGUUUUAUUUUUGGUUAUCAGGAGCAAAUUUUGAAUGUUGUGCUCGGAAGUUUUCUCUGGAGCCAGGUUAGCUUUUCUUGUUCAGCAGGAUGUAAACUUCAGAUCUGACCCUUUGAGGGAUUCUCUAACUGGAAACGCUUAACUCACAAUGGAAACUUAUCUCCAAGAAAAUACUCUCCUUAAUGAACAUAACCAAUGUC